AUGACGACAUCAACUAAAACACAGCAACUCUAUGGUGAAUAUAUUAAUCCAACGAUUGAUCAAUAUUCACCACAAAAAGAAAGUCCAUUAGUAUUAAUGGCACAAGCAUGUAAUAAUAUUGGUAAAGAAUUAUCAAUAUCAUCAUCUCCUCCACUUAUAUAUAAAACUCGAAAAUCUAAUUCACCACAAGAAAUAAAAAAAUCAUUAAAACGAAUAGCACCAACAACAUGUUCAUCACCACCAGCUAAAAAAAGUUGCUUUCCUCAAGUAUCUUAUUAUCCAUCAUCAUCAUCAUCAUCAUCAUUUAUGUUUGAUUCAUUAUUUUAUUAUCAUUUAAAUAAAACAUUUUCAUUACCAACAUUCGAUUUAUCAUUCUUAUCAACAUCACCAUUAAAUUCUUCAGCUUUUUCUUUUCAACCUCAACAAUCUUCAUAUUUAAUGGAUUCUAUAUUAUCAUCACCAUUUAUUUGUAAUUGGAUGGAUACAUCUAUUCCUGAUAGAUUUUGUGGAAAACGUUUUACAAAUCAUAUUCAUCUAUUUGAACAUCUUUGUACAGAACAUACAUCAAUAUCAUCUAUUAAAUCUUUAUAUCCAUCUUAUUAUUCAUCAACAUCAGUAGAAAAACUAUAG